GUGCAGAUUGGACCAAGCAUCGCGCUGAACGGGAGCGUUCAGUUUGCGAAACCCACGCGCGGGUCGAUCGCGUCGUCCACUUGAGAACCUUCCGUGAGUGCUGCUUCAUUCGUGCACAGCUCAGGCCAAGGCAUGCUCUUGCCAUCGCCAACGUCGCCAUCCGUUCUCUGCCCGGCACAACACCCUAAGAGCAAGCGACCUCCAAGGAGGCAAUUCCCAUUUCACACCGACGACACGGCCGAACAAGAAGAGGUCCAGUCGUUAGCAAAGGAACUCAAUGACCUGCAGGCUCGCCUCAACGAUCUGACAAACCGAGCGACAUCGUCGUGCAAGCGAAAAUGGACCUGGUGCGAUGUCGCCAUGUCCCAGCGCAAGGAGCUCGACGAUGGGCUACACGAACAAAAGAGGCUCAAGCUCGCCGUGGACGAGCACAUGGAAAUCAUUGCGUCGUUGCAGGAGGUCGUCAAGUCGUCUCAGCGAGUACGUUCUGUGACCAACUCGUCGUCGUCGACUGUGCACUCACAUCUUGGCCGGCAGGUUCCCAUGGAGGACUGGCGAUGCAACCGCCUUCCAGAGGACGAAGCAGCGUGGACGGCAGGCAUUCUAAACAUGCUCACACGAGACUACGAACGGGUGGACACGAUGCUCGUUCGGAAUGGACUUGUGGACUGCCAUUCGAAUCUGUGCAAAACCGUGGUGCGGCGAAACUUGUGCGGCUCGGUGAUAUCCAUCGACAAAUUGACCCACUUGCAGCUGCAGUGCCACACGUUCGACGAUGUGGUCAAGAUUAUGAACGCGCUCGUGCUGACCGACCGCGGCCGCGAGUGUUUGGUCAAAGGGACCAAGUGGGACACGCUCGAGCUCCUCGAGCGGAUGGAGGCCAACUCGAUGUACAUGAAGUGCAAAGCCAAGUGUCCAGCCGGCGCUAUCCAGUGGCUAGAAGGCCAAGUGGCAGUCAAGCGCUUUGUGGAACUGAACCGUGUCGUGUUUGUUGUUCGAUCCGUGCUGGAAGACGCCCGCCACCCCAUGGCCCACCUCCGACCGUGCUAUGCCCACGACGAAGUCGGGUGGUUUGUAAUCGAACGCCAAGUCUCGCGCGACUCUCCCACCGGCGUCGUGUGCUGUGUCAAGAGCAUCGUGUCAUGCACACCUAGUUCCCCGCAGCCUGCUUGCGCGUUCACGACUGCCCUCUACUCGGCCGCCACGUCUGCCGCCGACUGUGUUCAAAAGUGGUUUCGGUCGUGUGUCAACGUGUACCGCCAGCAAAACCGUUCCGUGACGGAAUUGCUCGUGCAUGCGUUGGCUCAGCGGUUCCGCCCGCUGUGUCACGCCAUCAUGCCACCCACUGCCAUGAAGCCAACCGUCGACGCGGCCCUUUCAUUGCCGUCCGAUCGAACCGACGAGGCGCCUUCGUCAAUCGGCGGUGCCACUUCGUGAAGUCACUGCCUUCGUCGUGGUGUUCAGUUAACUUAUAAGGUCCAAGGCGUCGUUGGUAGGAACAGUGCACAAGAUGUUUGUCAAAGUUACAUCGUACUACGCAACUCAAGGCGUGGUGGGGGCGUCAAAGGCAUUCCAUCUUGAUGAAAUCCAAUUCAAGAUCAUAGUGCCCAAUAUCGA